UGUGAACCUGAAUGUUGUUGCUGCGGCAGGAAGACGCACGGGAGUCAAAGGGAGACGAGCCUCGUGUGCGCCCUCCGAUCACUCGGCCCCCUUUCGCAGACUCUUCCACUGAGGAGUCGUCGCAGAGCUGAGCUUGCGUGGUCCCCUCCUCCAAACUUUGCUUCACCCCUCUCCGUGUCUGCUUCUCCACCUGGAAUCUCGAAGCGGGCAGAAAGGAGGGAGAGCGCAGAGGAUCAGCGGGAAGAAUUAUGUUUCCCUUCAUGUGCCUGCUCCUUCUCACUCCACAUGUGUUGCUCUCCUCGACGCAUCUAGCAGAGGUCUCCCCUCAGGAUCCCGUUCUGCGUAUCGGCUCCAGUCUGACCGCCACAUGCAUGCUGCGUCCCGAGCUCGGCCUCCACGCCAGCACUUUGUACUGGACGCUGAACGGGAUGCGUCUGUCCAGUAGCACCUACAGACUGGAGUCCUCCGACGUCCUGAGCGUCACCCUCCACAACCUUAAUGGCUCCCGGCAGCAGACCGGAGACAACCUGGUGUGUCAUGGAGCAGAUGGAGGCCUCCUGGCUGGUUCCUGUCUCUACGUGGGCAUGCCUCCUGAAAAGCCAGUCAAUUUAACAUGUUGGUCCCGCAACACGAAGGACCUGAGCUGCAAGUGGCGGGUGGGUGGGCCGGGUGAGAUCCACAUCCAAACCAAAUACACCCUCAAGUACAAAUUGAGGUGGCACGGGAGAGAGAAGGAGUGUGAAAAUUACAGCGCAGCGAAGCAGCAGCACUCCUGCUACAUCCCCCGCAACGUCGCCCUCUUCACCCCCUAUGAGAUCUGGGUGGAGGCGACCAAUCAGCUUGGCUCAGCCACCUCUGAUGUCAUCACCCUGGACAUCCUUGAUGUGGUGACCACAGACCCUCCUGCCAACGUGCAGGUGAGUCGUGUGGGCGACCUCGAGGACCAGCUGACGGUCCGCUGGGCCAGCCCCCCCGAGCUCAAGGACAUCCUGUUCAAGGCCAAAUAUCAGAUACGCUACAGACUGGAGGGCAGCGCCGACUGGAAGGUGGUGGACGACAUUGGUAAUCUGACGUCGUGUCGGCUGGCAGGCCUGCAGCCAGGGACUGUCUACUUUGUCCAGGUUAGGUGCAACCCAGUGGGGAUCUUUGGCUCCAGGAAGCCUGGGAUUUGGAGUGACUGGAGCCACCCGACUGCAGCCUCCACACCCAGCAGUGAGCGGCUGCAGAGCGGCUCAUGUGAUCCUAAGCCCGGUGAGCAGAACUCCACCCUGCGGCGGGAACUCAAGCAGUUCUUCGGCUGGGUCCGCAAGCAUGCCUACGGCUGCAGCGGCAUGUCAAUCAAACUGUACGACCAGUGGAGGGUGUGGCUACAGAAAUCGCAGAAAACACGCAACCAGGUAGAUUCUACAGGACAAUAAUUCAUAGCGCAGCCUCACAGAGCCGCUAUGGCGUUUCAUUCAAGAUCAGCAACAAGAAACACUGACAGAUAACUGGCCCAGAGGGUCCCAGCUGUGAGAGGUCCAAGUCCUCGCCGGAGGAACACUGCAGCGUUUGGUCAUACGAGCUUGAGUUUAAAGGGCCCGGGUGGGAGAUAACUCAAGUGAGACAAUGCAGCCUUUUUCUGCCGUUUCCACAGUUCAGAUCUGUUGAAUAGAUCUGUUUGCAAUAACAAAAAAAUAUGUAGGCCCUAAAUGAAUAUUUAAUCUGAAAGAAAUAUUUAAUCUGGUUUAUCGUAAUCUCCGUUACUACAAUACUAUGAGCAAACGUUUGAGGAAAAAACUAAAGUAAUUCGUGCCGAAUAGGCAGAUUAAAAUCAGUAUUCAGACAACAAUAAGCCAGCUGUGUUACGGUGUUGUUCACAAGCUCGGUGGUUAAAUUCGGAUAUUCCAAAACUGCAGAAACGAGGCUUCAUUAUCAAAACAUACAAAUUGUCCUCUUGUGUCCAGAUUUUUUGCUUAUAUUUUUGUAUCUGCAUAUUUAAGGCAAUGUCUAACUUAUGUACUAUACUGUGUAUAUUGUAUAAUAGUUGGUUAGUAGUUAAGAGCAUAA